AGGGUUUGUGAGGGGCUGCCCUGUGUUGCUCUCGUUUCCCUUUGAUGCCAAGGGAGCAGUUGUUGAAAUAACGUGUGUCUCUACCUGCAGGAAAGGGGGAAAGAAACGAGACUGGGACGAAGAGGACCCCCUCUCCUGUGACCCCCAAAACCAGCGGAGUGGGGCAGCCAGCAAGGCCAGUGCCCCACACCCACUGACGUGCCCAUCACACGUCCCGUGGUUCACCAUCAACCUGGUGCGUUUGCGCAGGACCAGCGGCGUGCGUUUGGGAAAUCCCCGCGCAGUGCCACCGCCAGUCGAGGGUGGCCCAGAGGCAAAGCCGGUUUCCUCCAGAAAGUAUGUUUGUUCUGGUUGCUCAAUGAACAUAAUGAGAGUGUACUGACCCUUUUCCAGGAGGUCUCCAUCACUGUCAACAGAUUCAAGGGCAUCACUAGACAUGCUAUUUCUGAUUCCUAGAAAAAACCUUUCUCUGUGCCAGACCAAACAAACAGUGCAAGCUAGGAUUGACAAACCAUGAAGGAAGAAGGAGGGGAUCCUGAAGCAGUGACAGACUGUUUGCUCCUGGACUCUGUCAAAGGGGACCGCUUCCGCAUCAGCGCUGUUCCCAGUGGGACCAUGGAAGGAAAAGAGAUGUCACCAAGUGAUCACUCAGAGGAGAGCAGCAUAUUGGACCUACCCUCUGUUUGUGACCUAGCAGAGCACUUUCUGCUUCCACACAGCUCUGAAAACAGUGAGGAGCUUUUUUGUUCUGUGGAUACUUUUCCCACUCCGCCAACAGGAGAGAACAGUCUAUCCUCUGGAGUUCCUGAGAGCUUUUCUGCUGGAGGCUCUGAGAAAGCAAACGUGAGAUGUUAUCCAAAAGCAGGGCUGUGUGAGCCCACUGAACCUAACGAUGCUUCUCUCUCAUGGGCGUAUGAACAUGAUGGUGCAGAAGAUACCAGUGUCAGGAAAUCUCUUGAUGAGUUCUACAAAAUGUAUUGCAAGAAACGUCCAGACAGAACAGAUCCCACCUACGAGGCUGCAUCACAAUGUCUGUUGCAGAAGAUUUCAGAGCUAGCAAACCGGGAUGGAACAAAAUAUGCAUUGCGUUGCCUGCAGAUGGCCCAGGUGGUCUUGAACAGAGAUGGGUGUAAGAUCUUUCCAAACCACCCCACUACUGCUUGCUUUUCAAAGCCAGCUGAGGGAGAAGUUGUCUUGGAAGACAGAAAGAGAACACCUGGACUCUCAGAUGAUGUUCUGCAAUCUCUCUUGAAACAAACACAGACAGAACAUAGCCCUGUCGUGCCAUGUGAGAAGUGAGCAAGAUGCUGGUUUGUUUCUGUCAUUGGAGCUUGGCUUUCACUCUGAAAAGAGGUGACUUUCUUGGAAUGACACUGUUCCUCUUAGCACUGCCUUCAACACCAGGCUUUUAAACUGACGUGCAUCCCCAGCUGAACAGUGGCCCAGCCCAAACUGAGCCCCUGCGUAGGCACAGAUAUCCAAGUGCUGUUGACUAUAUCAGUCUGAUUGAAUGAGCUUGGCACGGUACACCCCAGACCUAGGGAGGAAACUUAAGAUUUUGUUCUCUAUUGGACUGAUACUGUAACACCUAUGUCUCCAUGGGGGUGCCUGAUAGCUGUGUGUGUUACCUACAGACAUAUGGUCCCGUAGAUCAUGAUUGCAAUGUGAGUGAGCUUUUUCGACAGAAAAACUGUGUGUGUGUGCAUGAGAGAGAAAGGAAACACAGCUUUGGAGCAGGAUAUGUUUUUUAGCAGAAGGAUUAAAAAAAGAGAAAGAAAAUAUUUAUCAUCUUAGUGAUGUUUCUAAUGCUUCAAAUCCACCAGCUGAGCAGAAUGGGGUUUUUUUCCUAUCUAUAUGAUCUGCUUUAAGACCAACCUGAAAUACAUUAAUGAGUAAGGGCUCUGCAGAGGUGUCCAUAGGGAAACUGCAGAGUUGGUGCCAGCUGCCCUGAUAGCUGCCUGCUGUAAGAUGCAGAGCUCACACCUCAGCCUGCUCAAGACUGUGGGUCGCUUGGUUUAUGCUGUAGGGGCAAUGCUGAUUUCUCCAGCUCUCUCCCUACCCAUUAGCCCCUGCUCAUUUCUGCUACCAUGGGGUCUGAGCCCAGAGCUUUGGCAGAGAGGAAACCAAUGCUCAUUGCUUGAGUACACUCUAUUAUCUUCGUUGGCACUGCACAAGACCUUGUCAUUACUUUCCUGUUUUGUUGACAGAUGAAGGAAAAUGUUCUAUGAGAAGUUUGAACCAUGGAGGUGAUUGCUCUCCAGUAGAGAUCAUCUGGCAUUGGUUGGUUACAGCAAAGGUUUGCUUCUUCCAGCAAACUCUACUGUUGUUUAU